CCCCGGUUUCCAGUGUCCUGGCAGGUGAGGAACGCCGCCUCUUCACCUCUCAGCGCGGCUUGCCCUUUGUUCCGGACGCCCACUUCUCAGCCCUCCGGCUCCUGGUGUCGCUGCUGUAGGCCACACGCGUCCACCGGCAACAGACCCAUGGCCGAGCGCGGGGAACUCGACCUGACCGGCGCCAAACAGAACACAGGAGUGUGGCUAGUCAAGGUUCCCAAAUAUUUGUCACAGCAAUGGGCUAAAGCCCCUGGAAGAGGUGAAGUUGGGAAACUGCGGAUUGCCAAGAAUCAAGGAAGGACUGAGGUGUCAUUUACUUUGAAUGAGGACCUUGCAAAUAUUCAUGAUAUUGGUGGAAAACCGGCUUCAGUCAGUGCUCCUAGAGAACACCCAUUUGUCUUGCAAAGUGUCGGAGGACAGACAUUAACAGUGUUUACUGAGAGCUCAUCAGAUAAGCUGUCAUUGGAAGGAAUAGUGGUACAAAGAGCUGAAUGCCGACCAGCUGCCAGUGAAAACUACAUGCGAUUAAAAAGAUUGCAAAUAGAAGAGUCUUCCAAACCUGUGAGGCUAUCACAACAGCUGGAAAAAGUUGUAACAACCAAUUACAAACCUGUUGCUAAUCAUCAAUACAAUAUUGAAUAUGAAAGGAAAAAGAAAGAAGACGGAAAGCGAGCUCGAGCUGAUAAACAACAUGUUUUAGACAUGCUAUUUUCAGCCUUUGAGAAACAUCAAUACUAUAAUCUUAAGGACUUGGUGGACAUCACAAAACAACCUGUGGUGUACCUGAAGGAAAUCUUAAAAGAAAUUGGUGUUCAGAAUGUAAAAGGGAUCCACAAAAACACAUGGGAGCUGAAGCCAGAGUACAGACACUAUCAAGGAGAAGAAAAGAGUGACUGAGAAGCCUCCUCGUCAGCAUGCUAGUGAAACAGCUAGCGGCGAUGCUGUGCUAUAGGCGCUGAUACUGGAAGGCUUGAACACCGUAUGUUAAUAAUGGUUAAGUGACAAUACUUUCAUUUCUCUCGGUAAAUUUUUUAAACCUGUAAUUCUUGUAAAGUUUCUUAACUGUUUUUUUGAGGAGAAAGAACAAAUUUAUUUAUAGACUUAACUUGUAUUAAACCAGAUUACUCACAAUAGGAACAGGGGUUGGAGGAUUAAGAGGGUUUUUCUUAAAUAUUAGCUUUUAAUGUGUACAAUUAGGAAAUGUUUUUUAAAUGAGGACUCUCUACCCUUGCUGGAUCUGAGGAGCUGAGGUAAUACAGAUCCAAGGAGAAUUGUAUAGCAAGAAAAAAAGUCAACUACAGAAACUCUUAAAAGGAAUAAAAAGCCAAAGUUCCUUAUUUUGAAAUUGUCAAAGAACAAAGCGGUGUUUUUCUUUUAAACAGGUGAUCAUGUUUCGUGUUCAUACUCAACGUUAAUAAAAGGAGAGCAUUUAAGUUUGUAGUGAAAUGGC